AUGGAAAAAGGCUUACGCGUGAACUCGAACGGCGAUGGAGUUGAGUUUCUGUUGAACAGGGGUCUACGAGAACGCCUUCAUGACCGGCGACACCUUGUCGUUGUUCCGACACCACCAAUAACUAAUCCUGUAACAACUUAUCCAGCCCCAUCAGGAGCUGUUCCAGUAACUACCCCCGUGACAAACCCGGUAGCACCUCCUGUAACAACAAAUGCUCCAGCAAUUCCAGGACAAAGCUGGUGUAUUGCCAAGAAUGGAGCAAUGGAGACAGCACUUCAAUCAGCACUGGACUAUGCAUGUGGAAUGGGAGGUGCAGACUGCUCACAAAUCCAGCAGAGUGGCAGUUGUUACAAUCCAAAUACACUUCAAAACCAUGCCUCAUACGCAUUCAACAGCUAUUAUCAAAAGAAUCCAGUGCCAACUAGCUGUGACUUUGGAGGGGCAGCUGUGAUAGUUAAUUCAAAUCCAAGCACCGGUUCUUGCAUUUUCCCAUCAUCAUCAACAUCAUCAUCACCAGCAGCAACAGCAACUCCAACACCAACGGUAACAACAACUCCAACACCAACACCAACAACAUCAUCACCACCAGAUACAGGUGUAUCAGGCUCUGGUACUCCACCUUCAGUGUUGAAUACAAGCAACCCAGCUUCCGGUACCACAGUUUUCGGGUUUGGAAACCCUCCUGCUGCAAACACAACAACGUCCUUCUCAUAUGGUUUACAGCCCUUUAUUGGCUGCAUCAUUCUGGCAACAUCCUUUGUAACUGGAAAGAUAGUUCUGGACAUGUAGAGUUGCUACUUCUGCGCAAUGAUGACUCUAGCGUU